UGUGUCUGUGUGAAGUUUGUCCCUCCGCGGCUCUCGUCAGGAGUUUCACUGACAGCGGCAGUAAACAUGGAGAGAGACUGCACUGUCCGCAGAACCAAAACCCUCCAGAACCAUCAGAUCCCACAGGACGGGUCAAGCGGACACAACGGGCUCGAAUCUGCAGUCCGGAAGCGCAAGCAGAAGCCGGAAGUUAGCGCGCAGCUGUUGGCUGAGGGUUCGAGUGUGCUGCUCGUGCUCGGGUUUGUGUGUCUUCUGUGGGUUCUGGUUAUGAUCUCACUACAGCAGCUCGUCAUCAGAUCCAGCGGAGAAUUUAAUGCCAUCAGGGCCAGAAAACAUUUGGAUCAGAUCACCAGCGUUGGUCCACGGACCGUAGGAAGUCCAGAGAAUGAACUCAUGACAGUGAAUUAUCUCCUGGAUCAGAUCGAACAGAUACGAGCUGAGAGCACAGCCGGACCACACAGCAUCACUGUAGACGUUCAGCGGCCCACCGGAUCCUUCAGCAUUGAUUUCUUGGGAGGAUUCACCAGUUAUUAUGAUCGUGUGACCAACAUCGCUGUGAAACUUGAGCCAAAGACGACAGCACAACAUUUCAUGCUCGCUAACUGCCACUUUGAUUCUGUGGCCAACAGUCCUGGAGCCAGUGAUGAUGCUGUGAGUUGUUCUGUGAUGUUGGAGGUUUUACACUCACUGGUGAAUCUCUCCACACCUCUCAAACACGGUGUCAUCUUUCUGUUUAAUGGCGCUGAAGAGAACAUCUUACAGGCGAGUCAUGGGUUUAUUACCCAGCAUCCCUGGGCUCAGCAGGUUCGAGCGUUUUUGAAUCUGGAGGCUGCUGGAGUCGGUGGGAAAGAGGUUGUGUUUCAGACAGGUCCAGAGAACCCUUGGUUGGUCCAGGCUUAUGUCCGUGCAGCCGUUCAUCCGUUCGCGUCAGUAGUUGGACAGGAGGUGUUUCAGAGCGGUGUUAUUCCCUCAGACACAGACUUCCGAAUCUACAGGGAUUUUGGGAAUAUUCCCGGAAUCGAUCUCGCCUUCAUAGAAAAUGGUUUCAUUUACCACACAAAGUACGACACUGCCGAUCGCAUACACACAGACUCCAUCCAGAGAGCAGGUGAUAAUAUCCUGGCGGUCCUUAAACAUCUGGUGAUGUCAGAGGAGCUGGGUGACUCUUCUCAGUAUCGUCACGGCAACAUGGUUUUCUUUGACCUGCUGGGUGUAGUGGUGGUGGCGUAUCCCGCCUGGGCCGGUACCAUCAUAAACUACAUGGUUGCCGUGGCAACCUUCAUCUAUCUGGGCAAGAAGUGCAUGCUGCCUAAAAAUGUGGGUGGGCGGUACGUUCGUGAGCUGCUCUAUGGAUCGUGUCUGGUGGUCUUGAGCUGGUUUGUCACACUGUUAACAGUUCUGAUCGUGGCUCUGUUGGUCACUCUUAUGGGUCGGUCUAUGUUCUGGUAUACUCAUUUCUACGCCACUGUCUUUCUGUACGGAUCCGCUGCUGUGGGCAAGAUCAUCCUGAUUCACACGCUGGCCAAGAAUCUUUAUUAUGGGGGUGUUCAGCGUUUGGAGUUGGCUGAUCUCUUUUUUGACGUCAGUCUGAUGUUGUGGUGUUGUGUGCUGGUCUUCCUCACUCAACGCUCUCUGUGUUCAGCGUAUGUGCCCAUGAUGAUGGUGAUUUUCCCUUUGAGCGGCAAAAUUCUGCUUCAGAAUCACUUCAGUCAGAGAGGAGCGUCUCUAAAGUACUCAGUUCUGUAUCUGAUGGGUCUCGCUGUACCGUACAUACACAUCAUGUUCUUGAUCUGGGUCGUGUUUGAGAUCUUCACACCUAUACUGGGCCGCAGCGGAACCGAAAUCCCACCUGAGGUUGUUGUGGCGUUCCUUGUUACCCUGGCAACGGUUAUUCUCUCUUCUUAUUUUAUGCAUUUUGUUUAUUUGGCCAGAAGCACCAGGCGGAUCUUGGCUGGUCUGGGAUCAGUGUUUGUCCUGAUGCUUCUUCUGGUCUCAUGUGGUCUAUUUUUUCCAUACUCUGUAGAUCAGUCCGGUCCACGGCCGAAGCGAGUCUUCGUUCAGCACACAACACGCACAUUUCACGCUCUUAAUGGAUCUGUGGAGCGUCAGGAUUCAGGUCUUUGGAUCAACAGUCUGGAUUACACCGGCAUGCAGCACAUAACACCGCAUAUACCACAAAUCAAUGACAGCAUCCGUACGAGGUGUCAGGAAGAUCUUCCCUUCUGUGGUUUCCCCUGGUUCCUCCCUGUGAAGUUCCUGGUCAGGAAAAAUUGGUAUCUUCCUGCUCCUCAAGUUUCUCCCAAAUCUCCAUUGGAAUUCCAGCUGUUAUCCAAACAGGAGACGACCUGGGGUACUGUUAAACUGACCUUUGAGGCCAAAGGACCGUGUCACAUGUCUCUGUACCUGCGGCCUCAUGCGGGUGCGACUUUGACCAGCUGGUCGUUCAGUGAUGGGAUGCCACAGUUUGAUCUCAGUGGAGAAUAUUUCAUAUUUUACUCUCACGGUCUCGAUGCGCCAGCCUGGAACUUCUGGUUUGAGAUCCAGCCGAAUGAUCCCUCAGAAGUGAUCACUGAUGAGGGAAUGAUCUCUCUCGCUCUCUCCGCUCAUUAUUUCUCUGGUUUGGAUCGAUGGUCGGAACCUCUGGAAUCUUUGAUGAAGAAAUUUCCCGACUGGGUUUUCCCAUCUUCAUGGGUCAGCACAUAUCACAUGUACCGAUACUGACACACCAGCCUCACUGACACAAAUUAUUAACUACAAUAUUGGGGUACAAAAGUUAUUUUACACUCACCAACUGUAUUUGUUUUUUAAGGGUUUUUUACAUUUCAGAAAUCCUGUUUUUAUAAAUGAAACUUAGAUUUUUUUUGCAUUGUGACAUUGUUUACUCAUUUAAUAUUUUUUAUCUGUUACAGUAAAAUGACUUUAUUAGUAUAUGGAUUAUACAUUACUGUCACAUGUCAAAUGUUUUUAAGUAAAGUUUUAAUUGUCAUAUAAAUGUCACAAUGCAAAUAAACAAAGGCCUUUAUUUCUAUAUUUCUUUAUUUUCUCAUGGAUGUCUGACAGACUGAUGUAUGUGUGCUUUAUAUUUAUGAUGAUGAAUGAGUUUCAGAUCAGUUCUGUACUCAACUCGUGGUCUUUAUUUCAUUCCGUGAGUUUCACUUCUCUCUGAAUAAUGAAGCGAUCUCGAGCACUAAUCCAGUGCUUUGCUUUACAUUUCAAUCCUACGCUCAUUACUGUUUAACAGAUGCUGGUUAAACCGUGUGUAAAACUGGAUCUUUAUAUGGACUUGAGAUCAGACUUGUGUCUGUAGAAUCAGAUUCUGAUCUAAUGUAUUACAUCAACAGACUGUAAUGAUUCACAUUGAUUUCUUAUCGUUUGCUAGCUGAUCAUCGAAUGGCUGAAUUUGAUUUGAGCAUGAUGUUUAUUUUAGGUGUUGAUGGAAACUUUGACUGUUUUAUUGCCGGUGGCAGAGGUCUGACAUUGAGCUGCAGUGUUAUUACCGUCUUAUAUUUCAUCUGUGUGUUAAUAAAUGAAUGCUAGUUAAGGGUUUAAGUUUAACUGACCGAUCUUUGACUGAUUAUUAAUGAAUCACAUCAAUCACCAGCACUGAGUGACAGCAUGUUUUUGAGUUUGACCUCAUGAUAUUAUGGGAUGGCAUCACUAAAGUCUUACUGGUAUCCAGGAGAUUUAUAAAAACUUACUACAUACUAAUGCAUGUAUGACUUGAUCCAAAAAAUAAUUAUCUGCAGUAAUAAAAUAAUAAUCUAAUAAACAUCUCUCAGGCACAACCAUAACACCUGUCAGUCUGAUUCAGAAAGACAAAGUAUGAUUUUCUGGAUUAAAACUUCUUUUAUAUCCUAAUUAUUUGAUCAACUUUAUGAAUUCUAAUUCUUCAGAAAUGUUUUAUCAGGUGACAGUAAAUGUUGCACAAACUGUUAUUGUGAUGAAAAGAUGACUCAAUGUUUAACAGCGUCUUUAAUGUUUGUGUUUAAUAGGUUUUUUUUAAUGUCUCGCUCUGAUUCUGCUGCACUGAAUUGUUUUUCCAAGACAAUAAAUCAGUUUUCAAUAACAA